AUGGCGAGCAAACUCACAGCUCUAGCAGGUGGUGCUACAAUUUGGCUCAAGCGAGAAGAUCUAAAUGACUACGGUAGCCGCAAGACCCGCAAUAUGCUCAGUCAGCCUUUGAUAGCGCGUCGAAUGGGCCGCACUGAGAUCGUUACGGAUUGUCCGUCUGCUAAACAUGGUAAUUUCACCACAGCUAUGUGUGCACGUCUAGGUCUGCGCUGCGUGGUCGUAAUGGGUGCAGACGAGGCUCUGGCUCAGGAACAAGAAGUCUUUAAGAUGAUGAUGCUCGGCGCUAGGCUUCUCACCACCCGUACCCCCCUAGCAUGGAUUUAUUGCGUACUGCAAUUACAGAAGCGCUCCGAUAGUCGGUUUGAAACUACGAAAUCGUCUACUACCGUGGGCCCCAGCCCCUUGCCAACCUUGACUCGCACAUUCCAGGCGAUCUUAGGAGAUGCGGUCGCAACCCAGAUGCAAACAUCCGCUGGUUGUCAUCCAGAUGCUGUUGGCAGCGGGAGUGAGCGGUGGGAAUUUUCAGGCCAUUUCUGCAACGUACCGCAAUUCGGCUCAUUGUGGUUGAAGCGGCUGAAGCGGCCACCUUAUCAGACGGUGAAUUAG